AUGCUCUACCACUCACGACUCCUAAUCGUCCUCGUUGCGACCGCCUGCGCGGCGCCCGUGCCCGUCGUCGACGUACCAGACGGACGCGCUCUGCAGUUCCCGGCGCCAGAGGGUGGUGUUGCUCUGCAAGUUCCCGCUCAAGGCAUCAAGCAGCAGAACGGCGGCUUCGAGCCCAGCAACGGUGGCAACGGUGGCUCCUUCGGCGGCGACGAGGAGCAGAACGGCGGCUUCGAGCCCAGCAACGGCGGCAACGGUGGCUCCUUCGGCGGCGACGAGGAGCAGAACGGCGGCUUCGAGCCCAGCAACGGUGGCAACGGUGGCUCCUUCGGCGGCGACGAGGAGCAGAACGGCGGCUUCGAGCCCAGCAACGGCGGCAACGGUGGCUCCUUCGGCGGCGACGAGGAGCAGAACGGCGGCUUCGAGCCCAGCAACGGCGGCAACGGUGGCUCCUUCGGCGGCGACGAGGAGCAGAACGGCGGCUUCGAGCCCAGCAACGGCGGCAACGGUGGCUCCUUCGGAGGCGACGAGGAGCAGAACGGCGGCUUCGAGCCCAGCAACGGCGGCAACGGUGGCUCCUUCGGCGGCGACGAGGAGCAGAACGGCGGCUUCGAGCCCAGCAACGGCGGCAACGGUGGCUCCUUCGGCGGCGACGAGGAGCAGAACGGCGGCUUCGAGCCCAGCAACGGCGGCAACGGUGGCUCCUUCGGCGGCGACGAGGAGCAGAACGGCGGCUUCGAGCCCAGCAACGGCGGCAACGGUGGCUCCUUCGGCGGCGACGAGGACCAGCCGACCAGCCGUUCGCUCCCCGCCACAACUUUGCCUGGCUUCCACCCCAACGUCCCGGGCCUACGCCCGGUGCCACACGUGCCGACUAGCCCCGAGCACGACGAUGUUGCCAGCGCUCUUUUUGCGAGCGCGGCUCUCGUCUCGGGCCACAAUGAGCUAGCGGGCGUCGCACUCGCUGCGCAGGGCCACCCGAUGGCAGGCAUGGCGGCAAUGAUGAUGGGCGACGGUAACGAGGGCGAGCAGGCGGAUGCGACUCCUCCUUCUCCGCCCUCCUCUCCUCGUGGCCUCGUCGCCGCCGCAGACGGCUUCGUGGCUGCCAUCGACAGCCUCGUCGGCGCCGACACGGACGCGACUUCUCGCGGCUACGUACCCAAGAUGACAAACACGAACCCCGGCUUCCACCUGAACGGGCCGGAUGGCGUCGAGCCCGGCUUCGCCUUCAACGGCGUCUGGCAGCCGUCGCAGCAGCAGAGCGGCGCCAAGUGUCCCGACGUCCCCGCGUCGAUGCACACGCUGCAGCUGGCGGAGGACAGCGUCUCGGCCUGCCAGCAGACGUGCCUCAGCUACGCGCAGUACCACAAGUUCUUCUUGGGCUAUGCCGGCCAGGACUUUUGCUGCCAGUACAAGGAGGGUGGCGCGCCCGGCGAGUGCCAGAUCUCCCCGCCGAUUACCGCCACGCACGUCCCCUACCAGCCGGACAGCGAGUACACCGCCUUCUUCUUCCACCCGACGGCGGCUGCCGACGGGGCCUAG